GGAACAUAAAACACUUCAUGAUCGGUUUAAACGGGGCUGGAAAAACCGGACCUGCUUUGUUAUGGCACACUGAGAAGACCAGGGAUCUGUGUAACACACCAUACUGGGAAGAAGCACGACUUCAUGGAGUAACUGGCACACAGAGUAUACUUUGAUGGAGGGACCUGGGCCAUAUAUAGAGAACAGAACAUCAUAGAGACUUGGAGGUGGGCAAUUUUGACUUUGGCCAAAAUCUCCCAUCUGUUUGAAUUGGGUUGAUUGCCGAGUUGCUCCCCAGUAAGACUGCCAGGAAAGUUAAUGGAAACCUCUCAAAUAACUGUCAUCUUGACAUGUCCCGUGCAAUCCCAGAGGUGCAAUGGAGGUGGAUGGAGCUCCAUGACUCCGUGUCCAUGGGCUCUGUGGAGAGGAGAGUCCGGAUGGCUGCGGGAACCAGACAGUGGAGGAUUCUUCGCCGGCCGAAACCCAGACACUCACUCCUGGAUGAGCGCAGGCUGCAUCAUGCUGCUUGGGAAGGUUGUCUGGAGCAAGUCAAGGCUAUGCUGGACCGUGGGGUUCCUGCUAACUGCCAGGAUCCGUAUGGUUGGACAGCUCUCCACCAUGCUUCUUUCAGGGGUCAUCUCACACUGGUCAAGUUCCUGUUGCAAACAGGCCAGGUGGAAGUAAACAGUCAGGACUUUUUCAACUGCACCCCCCUGCACCGCUCCUGCAGUGGAGGAAACCCCGAGACCACAGAGUUUCUCCUCCAGAAGGGGGCAUCACUCGAAAUGCGGUCCUGCUCCGGCCACACACCCCUCCACCUGACUGCAGCUAAUGGACACCUGGGCACAGCUCGCGUUCUGCUCCAGCACUUGGCUUCAGCGAACCCUCAGGACUUUCAUAAGUGGACACCCCUGCACUGGGCGGUGUUUGGUGGCUGGGGAGAUAUGGCCGAGCUCCUGCUGGAUAAUGGGGCAGAUGUGGAGGGAGGUAAAGGUGCGGGCAUGAGCCCACUGCAGCUGGCAGUGCUGUCUGGGAAUGAAGCGGGGGUUAGACUACUGCUCCAGAAGGGUGCAGAUGCCAAUACGAGGGGUCCAAAUGGUAGAACAGCCCUGCAUCUAUGUGCCUGCUAUGGAGACAAGAAGAUCCUCCAGCAGCUGUUAUCAGGAGGGGCCAAGGUUGACAUCAGGGAUGGAGAUGUAGCGUCACCACUGCACCUGGCUGCCCGCAGUGGCUCCAGGGCAGUGGUGCACCUGUUGAUUUUGAACGGAGCAGGACUUGAGGAACGAGACAGCCUCAAAAUGACACCACUGCACUACUCAACACUCAAGGACAAUGUUGAAGCUGCCAAGCUCUUGCUGCACUACGGGGCAGAUGUGAAUGCUACUGAGAGACUGGGGCAGACACCUCUGCAUCUGGCCUCUGAAAGUGGUCACUGCAAGGUACUGAAGGUUCUGCUAGACAAAGGUGCUGAUCCCUCUGUAAGGAGCAGUUGGAGAGAGACUGCAGAGGACAUUGCAAGAACACACAAUCAGCUUUGGAUACUUCAGCUGCUUCAGCAACACCAGAUGCUCAGAAUGAGAGAUCAAGCUCAGGAGAGUGUUGCUGUGCAGAGAGGGAAAGAAUGACAGUGCUGAGUGGUGUUCCAACAAUGCUGAUAUUUCGUAUAACAGCUCUAGAGCUUUUCACUGUUAUAAUCUGCUGUCUGCUUUUCCCCUUAUGAAAAUUGUCAUGGUAACCAUAAUUUCUGCCAAAAUAGCAGAAUACCUGUACUGUGAAUACAGGCAAAGUGGGACACUUUUGGAAAUUUUACUUUUUUCUGGCACUUUUAAUUAUUAUCCUAAUACCAUAUAACCUGACAUUAUACCUUAAUGGAAAGCUUAGGAUGUCUCCUACCUCAGUGAAAAGCAAAAAUUAAGAAAUACUGGGGAGAAGAACCUUUAAAGACACUCUUUUGACCAAACCCCAGAUUUUUUCAGCAAAUACUGGUAAAGCUUUUGACACUUGUAUAGUCAAAUUAGGAUACUUUAUUUUCCCCCACAAGAUAGACAGGGAUCUGUACUUGAAUAUUGUUUAUUGUUGCUAGGAUAUGUCUCUGGUGACAGUCGAACACCUGCUAAGCUGACGUUAGCAUUGCAGUUCCCUUUCAAUUCGGUCACUUCAACGCUGUGUCAGUUAGCUGACCCUAUGGGGAGCUCUUCUCAGGAGUGACGAUUUCUGAAGCCCUUUAUAAUCAUGGCAAUUUUAUUAGCAGAUGGUGCUUGGCAUCCCGCCCUCAAUGCACGUGUCAUUGAGAGCAAAUAAGAGAUCAGCGGAAAGGCUCCUUCUGGGCAGAGCAUGUGCUCCUGAUGAUGCCAGCCCCAUGAAGCAAAACACUUUGUCCUAACCAGACGCAAUACUAUAAGAUUCCAGCGACAAGCAAUCUGUCUGUCCAUACCAGGCGCAAUGCGACACAGCAACACUGCUUUAUUUAAAUGAUGAUAAAUAACAUUACAAAUCAGAAUAGUCAGAUGGAACAGCCUGUUUAUUGAAUGUAAAUCAUUACCUCACUGAAGCUGUGUAUGGACAGAUGGUGUUUAGGGCAAGCCCCGAGCGGAUAAAUAUACACAAUCACACGCAUACACAGGGCAAAGUUACUUUAUGAAUCACAUUCAAAUCAGUUUGUUACCAUUGUUUAUGUUCAUGCAGUCCUCCUGUUUUUAUUUCGCCAAUCUCUACGUCACAGGGAAGCGAAGAGAAAGUCAGAAUGAGCCGGUAUAUCACCCCUCUGCCAUUCUGAACCAGUGUGUGUGACAGAGCUUUGGCUGAAGAGAAUGAGACCUCAAGCACAACAUUCAGUAGGUGUGUGACACCCUUGGCCAAAAUAAAGUUGUUUUGAACUGGCUAGUAAGACGUCAGCUUUAAUAUACUGAUAUGAGAAGGAUUUUUUUGACUGGGCUGCCCGUCGUGACAUCGCAGAAAUAGAAAUAAUUUCAAAAAUAGAAUGCCCUGUUGCUCAUUGGGGGCUCGGCUGGUUAGGACAAAAACUCUGUUUAACAUGGAAAAGAUACCUUUUAUUGCGUGUCGCUGUGCUGCGUCUGGUUAGGACACAGUGUUAUCCCUACGGCAGUGUGGAUGAGGGCUGCACCUGCACCUUGGCGCAACUGUUUACUACCCGAUGGCUAGUGUCGUUGUGAAGCCCUGCCCUUUGUUGUGAUGGGGCGCUGUUGGUUCUCCUAAAUUAAAAAUCCUAAAUUAUAUUUAAAGUGGAGCUCUGUUUGCGAUUUUCUACUCCUUUUGGCUAGUAGCGCAAUAUAGGUAUUCAAUCAGUAAUACAGAGUGAUGGUAUAGGGUCCCCAUAGCUUCAGCUAACUGAUGCAGCGUUGAAGUGACUGAUUUGAAAGAGAAUGCUCAAGUUACAAGUGUAACCCUGGUUCAGUGAAAGGAAGCAAUAAGAUGCUGCAUAUCGCUGUUAAGGGAUUGGGAGAUGUGCUCUCCUCCCUUCAGAAGGAAAUCCUGACGAGAUGGUAGUGCGAUUCCGCUUGUAUGCUCGCGAUGAAAUGCGCGUUGAGGACGGGAUGCCAAAUGCCAUCUGCCAAUAAAAUUGGCAUUAUUAUAAAGGGCUUCAGAGAAGGGCUUCCUCUCACUCCUGAGAGGAGCUCCCCAUAGCAUCAGCUAACUGAUGCUACAUCCAGUUGUAACCUGAGCAUUUUAUUUCCUCACACAUCAUCUUCCGAGCAUCUGGCAAUAGAAUACAUUUGGUCGGAGAUCGGAGAUAUCAAGUAGGAAAUCCCACAUCUGACUGAACAGAAUGCAGCAUAACUGUCCCACUUUACCCAUAUUCACCCUAGUUAUUAUUACUACUGUACAGCUACAACACCUAACAUUUUAAGAAUCUUUUAUGACAGUGCUAGCUUAUACCAAGUUGACCCAGUUUUAUUGUAAUAGCAAUAACUGUUAUGCCUAUGGUAUUAUAGUGGAUAGCGUGAUUACCGUGGUACAUUUUGUAAGGAUCUACAGUAUAUAGGAAUAAAAUAAUUUUCAACAUUCA